AUGCCAGAGAGUGCUGAGCUGCACUUCAACGUGGACCAUGGCUACCUGGAGGGCCUGGUGCGAGGAUGCAAAGCCAGCCUCCUCACCCAGCAGGACUAUAUCAACCUGGUUCAGUGCGAGACCCUGGAAGAUCUGAAAAUUCAUCUCCAGACCACUGAUUAUGGCAACUUCUUGGCUGAUCAAACGGGUCCUCUUACAGUUUCCAUCAUUGAUAACAAGAUGAGGAAAAAGCUCUGCAGAGAAUUUGAGUAUUUCCGGAAUCAUUCUCUGGAACCUCUCAGCACGUUUUUCACAUACAUGACGUGCAGUUACAUGAUCGACAAUGUGAUCCUACUGAUGAAUGGUGCAUUACAGAAGAAACCGGUGAAGGAUAUUUUGGUAAAGUGCCACCCACUAGGAAGUUUCGUGGAGAUGGAAGCAGUCAACAUUGCAGAAUCAGCUACAGAUCUCUUUAAGGCCAUUUUGGUUGAAACGCCAUUAGCUCCAUUUUUUCAAGAUUGUAUGUCUGAAAAUACCCUAGAUGAACUGAAUAUUGAAUUAUUGCGCAAUAAACUCUACAAGUCUUACCUUGAAGCAUUCUAUAAAUUCUGUAAGAAUCAUGGCGAUGUCACAGCAGACAUUAUGUGCCCCAUCCUCGAGUUUGAGGCCGACAGACGUGCUUUUAUCAUCACUCUUAACUCCUUUGGCACUGAACUGACCAAGGAUGACCGGGAGUCCCUGUUCCCAACCUGUGGCAAGCUCUAUCCAGAAGGUCUUCGCCUGCUGGCUCAGGUAGACGAUUUCGAACAGAUGAAGAGAGUUGCAGAUCAUUACAGUGAAUACAAGCCUUUGUUCGAUGCUGCAGGUGAUGGCAAUGGGGGAAAGACAUUGGAAGAUACGUUUUAUGAGCAUGAGGUCCAGAUGAAUGUGCUGGCAUUCAACAGGCAAUUCCAUUAUGGUGUGUUCUAUGCAUACAUAAAACUGAGGGAGCAAGAAAUGAGGAAUAUCGUGUGGAUAGCAGAAUGCAUUUCACAGAGACAUCGAGCGAAAAUCAACAGUUACAUUCCCAUUUUAUAA